UGCAUCACAGAGGCAGCAAGCAGUGAUCGCCUGUAACUACGACCAAAAUCGAACGGUAUAAAUGCGCCAGAUGGACGAAUCGGCACACAUUCACACGUGUCUGCGUGUGCAUGUGCGUGUGUGACGUAUGUGACGCUAAUAUAGCGUGUGCUGAUCGGCUAUCCGUAACGCCGUACAGCCGGUUUACAGCGGAGACAGAGUUUCCAAAACCCGAGGCUAGAUCGCGCAGGGAACGCUGUGGAUGCUGCUGACAUCCCGUGAUCGAUACGGCAUCCUCGCGUAAGUCGCGUCUCCACCAACGCGGCGAAUAAGUGGCAACGCGCGCGUAAAGGUCGACGCGUACAGCGGAGGCAGCACGUACCGCACGCGCACACAUACACGCGGGGCUUCGCAUUCACAACCCCGAGAUGGCGGACGCACAAACAUGGCCGCAGUUUUUACUGCGCAUACAGCUUCCCGUCGAGAGCGAGCGACCGCAGGAUCCGACAAUCGACGACGGGCUGCCUCUCGCGGCGGGAUGCUCGGGUUCAAGGUCGCCCAUCCGGCGCCGCUUCCGGCAACCCGUGACGGCUGACGAGGCGGGAUUUGUCCCGAGGGAUGCGUACGCGCUGCGGGGAUUGGUCCGUUACGCGUGGUUGCUGGAGUCGAGCGACGCGUGCCUCCUGCGACCCGGGCAGGACGACGACGACACCGACGACGACGUCGAAGACGACGACGACGACGACGACGAUGACGUCGUCACGUCUGUGAGUGAUGACGUGAGCGCUACUGAGAUCGACGACGUCGGUGAUUCGUCGUCGGCCGCAAGCGGGGAGGAUUCCGUAACCGCGCACGAAGGCGACGCUCUCUUGCGGACCGUCGAGGAACAUCUGAACGUCCUGCUGCGUAAGUACGAGCUCAACACCAUCACGGUGACGCACACCGAUGAGUGUCUGAGUCGUGCCGCGUUUCAGAUGAUGAUCGAAGACGUCUCGGCCGAGCACGUGCCGGAGCUGCAGAGCGACAGCGACUGGAUGCACAUCAUGGUCACCCUGUUCCUCGCCGCGCUCGAGAUCGACAUCAGCGCCGCCUGGGCGCCGCUGCUCGGCGCCGUCGGCUACGUCGCGCAGCACGCGCGCGCCGGCCGACCGCUUCCGUUUCCGCACAUGCCGCUGCAGGUCGCCGAGUGCGAGGUCUGUUUAACGGUGGCGACGCUGCGAGCGCGACCCUGCUGCGCGCUGCUCGUCUGCGAGCAGUGCCUGCAGACGUACGUGCACGUGCAGAUCGGCGACGGCGUCGCGCAGAUCGACUGCUGCAACGCCGACUGCGGCGGAUUCAUGCAUCGCGACGAGAUCAUGUUCAUGCUCGUCGAUGCCGAGACGAAAGAGAAGUUCGUGCGAUAUCUUGUCGACGCAAAUAACGACCCGAGACAGAAGACGUGUCCCAGGUGCAACAAAAUUAUGACUCUCGAACGCGAGCCCACCUCGGGAAAAAGAAGCGCCGUGACUUGCGUAGACUGCCACCUGGUUUGGUGCUUUCCCUGCCAUGCCCCGUGGCACGAGGGACUGUCGUGCAAAGAGUACAGAAAGGGCGACAAACUGCUGCACGAGUGGGCAAAGCAUAACAGCGAGGAAAUGCGUCAACGCAACGCCCAGAGAUGUCCCAAAUGCAAGGUAUAUAUUCAGAGAACUUCCGGCUGUGACCACAUGCAGUGUGGAAUGUGCAAGACUGAGUUCUGCUACCUGUGUGGACAACGUUUUAUCGCGCUGGGUUUGUUAGGCAACCACGGGAGCAAGUACAGCAUAUUUGGUUGCAAGUACGCAUUUCGACCAGAACAGACGUGUAUUCGCAGGCUCGUGCGGGGAUCCAUAUUUGCAGGUAAAGUAGCGGCGUCUCCUGUUGUACUUACGUUGGCGGCGGCUGGAGGAGCUCUGGCGGUAGGUGCCGCUGUUGUCGCCUUGCCUUACGGGAUGUACAGACUCGGGAAAAAGGCGAGCAAAAAAUUGGAAAAGCGGAAAGAGGAGAGAAAGGAAAGAAAACGCAGAAAGGCACUUCUCAAAUCUUUUCAUGACGGAAUAUUAGUCAUUUCGUCGCCAAUUGAUAUGAUAACGGUUAAGCCAGAGGAGCUCCCGUUGUAACGUUUUAGUUCUUACUCCUAUAGCUCUCGACUACUCGAGGUGUUAUCCGUGAUCGUAUGUUCGGGUCUACGUAUAUUAUUAAGAUAUACCGCUGUACGCAUUAUACAUAAAUUAGCCAACACUGAAGGUACGUAUUUCAAACACACACAUAUUUAAUAGUUGGUAAUGACGGUAACAUAUAUAUGCCCGUAAUAGUGAACCGUAGUGUACAGCUGUGUACGCGACAUACAAACAUGAACUUACAUAUCUAUAGUAGUCUUCGUCAACGGUGAAAGCAGUACGAAUAUCUCUUGCCACGUUCGUAGUAGUGCAAAUAGUAGAGACGGCCGCUAUCUAUCCCGUGCUGCGUGCACACUGUUAUAUAUACCGCGCCCUCCUAUUGUUUAGGUUCUGGUCACGCUGCAUAGUUCAGCGCCCGAGGUCAGCUGCGCGUUUACACAAAAGGCUUGUUAUUAUGCAAUUAUCCUAUGUCUAUCUAUUUUGACUAUUUCUGUAUUACAUUACUCCCUUACCAUAUGACAAGUUGGGAGCCGUACUAUUGCGGCGAACAACUUCUGUUAACGUUGUGAUGCUUGCUUUUAAUACGUAUAUUUUUUGUAACCGGAAAGACUAAAUUAUCUGUGCAUCUAAACUUUACUCUUCUCUAUUAUCUAUUCCUUCCUUGUUUUGCUUCUUUAUGGCUAUGCAUUAUGCUAUUUCAUUUUUAUUUUGUUACUUAAAACACCUCCACCUAAUUUUACUUAACUAAAUUAACUAAAAUUUACUUUAUAUUCUAUUAAACAUUAUUUUCUGUUAUAUAAUAAUAAACAAUCUAGCGAAGUCGCCGUCGUCCUCGUGGUCCGUUGGUGUGGGGUCCGUGUCGUCGCUGUGGUGGU